AUGUUACAUGGGAAUCUCCCUGUUAGGUACCUUGGUGUACCCUUGGUUACCAGGAAGCUCACUGGUAAAGAUUGUACUGCUUUGGGAGUCAUAAGGGAUGUUGAGAAGUUGUGCAUGAGGUUCUUCUGGAUAGGGAGUGAUUCCUCAGCUAGAGGGGCACGGGUAAGCUGGAAACAGAUUGGAGUAAAGCAUGUUGUUAUAAAGAAGAUUUUGGUAGGGGAAGGUUCCCUUUGGAUUGCUUGGGUGAACGCUUAUUGCUUUAGAUCAGUGGAUUUCUGGCAUGCUGAUUACAGGGCUCACUUUAACUGGAUCUUAGCUAAAAUGUUUAAGCUGAGGAGUGAAGCUAGUAGAUUAUUUUGCUCUAUAAGGAACUGGACUCAAAUUAAUGCUAGUUGGAUUUGGGAUAAUAUUCGCUGCAGAGGUGAGAAGGUUAGUUGGCAUCGGCUUGUAUGGUUUCCUGGCCAUAUUCCAAAAUUCUCACUGAUUUCUUGGAUGGCAAUACUGGACAGAUUGCCAACUAAGGACAGGCUCGCAAGGUUUGGUAUAGCUGUUGAUAGUGGCUGUGGAUUGUGCAGAUCUGGUUUUGAGUCUCGUGAUCACAUUUUUUCUGAUUGUGCCUUUGCUAUGGGAGUUUGGCAUACUAUCUUGAAUGCUUGUGGACUUAGCCAGGAGCCUUUAUGCUGGAAUGAUCUCGUUUGCUGGUUGCUGUUGAACCUUAAAGGGAAGUCUCUACUGGUUCAUAUCCUUAAGCUGGCCUGGUCUGGUUCAUUUACUUCAUCUGGGAGGAGCGUAACCACAUGCUCUUCAGAGGUACGACUCGUUCGAUCGAAACCAUUGUAA